GUGACCCCCUCCUUCCCCGCUGCACACACGCCUCCUCUGUCCAUUUUGCUGAACUUUGCAACAGAAGUGGACUUCAGACGCAAAGAGACGGUUUAUGUGUAUUUAUUGCAGGAUACGUGCGAAUUGCUACAGCCGCCGUUGGUGAUACUGAGAGUCUGGAGCCAAAAUCAUGGAGACUUUCGAAAACAUGCAAAAGGCCAUUUCCAGUCUUGAUCCCUGCAAACUUAAGGUGUUACUGGUCACCUCUCUGGGAAUUGGAGGUCUUUUAUGCUACUUGGCAUUGAGGAAAAAGCCAAAGAAGAUCCCAGUUGGAGAUGGCUGGUGGAGAGUAGGGGAGAAGCCCCUUACAGAGGACAGGACUAUACGUCCUUUUGUUGUGGAGACCUCUGAAGAAAUGAUACAGGAUCUUCACCAACGCAUCGACCAAACAAGAUACACGGACAGUGUGGAAGAUGGCCGGUUCCACUAUGGCUUUAACUCUGCCUAUCUCAAAAAGGUGGCCAAAUACUGGAGGCAAGAGUUUGACUGGGAGAAGCAGGUUAGGGUGCUUAACAAGUACCCUCACUUCAAAACCAACAUUGAGGGUUUGGAUGUGCACUUCAUCCAUGUGAAGCCUGUCCAGCGUGCUGGACGGAAGGUUCUGCCUCUCAUGAUGGUGCAUGGUUGGCCUGGUUCCUUCUAUGAGUUCUACAGGAUCUUGCCUCUGCUCACUGAGACUGAGGGAGACUUUGUCUUUGAGGUCAUCUGCCCCUCCAUCCCAGGGUAUGGCUACUCUGAAGCUCCACAUAAACAAGGAUUCACUUGCCUGGAUGCUGCACGGAUCUUCCAUAAGCUGAUGGACAGACUGGACUUCGGUGACUAUUACGUUCAAGGGGGAGACUGGGGAGCAUUCAUCACCUGCAGCAUGGCCCUGAUGAAGCCUGAGUGCAUUCGGGGUCUACAUCUUAACAUGGUCAACGCCAAGGCAGGAGGCACCCUGACUGUCAUCUCUCUCCUUGUUGGCCGUUAUCUGCCUUUCCUGGUGGGAUUCACCAGUGAAGAUGUUCGCAGAAUCUAUCCUUUCAUGCAAAAGAAUGUGUACGAAAUACUACGAGAAUCUGGCUACAUGCACAUCCAAGCCACCAAACCCGAUACUGCAGGCUGUGGGUUAAAUGACUCUCCAGUUGGCCUGGCUGCAUACAUCCUGGAGAAGUUCAGUACCUGGACUGAUUAUAAGAACAGGGACCUUGAAGAUGGGGGUUUAGAGAGAAAGUUCAGUUUGGAUGACCUCCUGACCAACAUCAUGAUCUACUGGACUACAGGCUCCAUCAUCCCAUCCAUGCGCUUCUACAAAGAGAACAUGGGUGCAAACUUUCAAAAAAGCAUGGACAAUACAACAAAAAUCUAUGUACCUACGGGAUUGGCAGCGUUUCCCCAUGAGCUGUUGCACUGUCCCAGGGUCUGGGCCCGCUCAAGGUUCACAGACAUCCGCUCCUACACCUACAUGCCGCGAGGGGGACACUUCGCAGCCUUUGAGGAACCUGUGCUGCUGGCCCAGGACUUGUUGCAGUUUGUGAAGAAAGUGGAGAGCAAGAAGCCUAAAUAACUACUGCAUUCCAGUGCCUUUUGACAUACAUACACUACUUUAAAGAGAAAUGGAGAAAAAUCUGAGAACAAACAAGUAAUAUAACUGUUAAUUUUACAGAUAAUUUGAGACAAACUAAAUGGGGAAGUAUACCUUAUAAUCACACUGCAUUUAUACAUAUAUUAGAGCACUGCUAUUAUAUCCAUGGCUGAUUUGGUGAUGAACAAUAUGUCCAAAAGUUUGUAGACACCUACUUAUUUGUUCUGAAAUCAAAGGUGUAAAUACGUAGUUUGUCCCUUUUUGCUGCAGUAACAGUCUCUACUCUUAUAGGAAGGCUUUACACUGGACGUUGGAAGAUUGCUGUGAGGAUUUGAUUGCAUUCAGCCACAAUAGCAUUAGUGAGAUCAGGUACUGAUGUCCGAUGAGUAGCUCUGGAUCACCCUAGCUCAUCUCAAAGGUAUUGGAUGGAGCUCCAUGACUCCAGGGAAUGCAGUUUCACUGCUGCACAGCCCAAUACUGGGGGGCUUUAUACCCCUCUAGACAACAUUUGGCAUUGAGCAUAAUGACCUUAGGCUCGUGUAGCUGCUCGAGGGUGUGCCCUUAUAUUGUAUGCUUUACUAUAAAGAUUAUACAAGUUAUGUGUAAGCAAAUGAACACUUGUCAUCAAUAGGUGUACCUUAAAAGGCCCAUUUUCUGUUUUGUGUAUUUUUUUAUUAAUUUUUUUUGUAUGAAAAGCACACAGUUCCUUUUUUUUACUUGACCGUUUUUCAGCCCCUCUUUAUCCUUAGAUAACUAACUAGAUUCACUAAACAGGUUGUUUUUGUUACUCUUGUCUUUAAGACUGUUAUAUGUACGUGAUCUUUGUUCUGAUUGGCUGCUCUAUUUUGCCUUUUUUAUAAAAAGCAGUCAGCAUUGAAAUACUGCUUAGAACUUCAACAUGAAUAGGUUGAGCUAAACCGCUGUGUGAAUAAUUAAACAUAUCUAAACGCUUGUUUUUUUGUGACCUCACAAAAGGGGACUAUUCAAAACAGGCUGUUUUUGCGGCUUUGUUUCCAUAUAAGUACUGUAUAUGCUGGGGAGGGAAUGCCAAAGUUGACAUUUUGACAGUGUUUACAUACCAGAUCAAACCAUGUUAAUAAAAUAAAUGAGUAGUAAAAAUUGUUUUUUUUGGUUGAGUGUUCAGAAUUGCUGAAUUCAUUAAUCAAUUACUAAGAGGGUCUGUACACUUUUGGACAUGUUGUGUAAUGAUGUAAAAAUAUGGCUUAUUGUGCACAACUGAUAAAUCUAUAUAACCAGAUUUUAGUACUUUGUCUUUCAAAAACAAUUUAAUAGAAAAUGAAAGAGACAGAUGAUACUUGACACAUGUAUAAAAGUCAAACAAUCAGUAUAAAAUCAAAACUGAGGGAAUUCAUUGAGAAAUAAUUCAGUUUUGCUGACCACAUAAUUUCUUUUUUUUUUUAAAUGGGAAGAUGAACAUAUUGAAAAUGCAUCCAUCCAUGUUAUGUAUUUCUUCAUAAUAAAAUGUAACUAAAAUGAAAUGACAAAAGU